UUAGGUUUGGUUUUUGUUUUUUGUUGGCGCGUUUUUUGUAGUUUGUUUCCACCACAUUUCCUGUGCAAUAUCGAGGCCAUCAUUGCGGAAGAAUGGACAAGUUCCUCCAGCGCAAUCCCACGUGGAAAACGAAAACCUACGAAGCUGCUGUGGCCACCGCCGCGAAAAAGAAGCCUCUGGUAGGACCGGUAUCACGGUCCCAGGCGUCCCCCGCUCGAAGGCCGUUGCAAGAACAGGCAGAUUCAAACUUUUUGCCACACCAGUUGCCUCCAAAGUCUCUCUCCCAGGGCACGGCAGAUAACCUGCUGAGCAAGGAGCGCCAGAAGCUGCAGCAGCCGCCCGAAGAGAACCGGACCAUCCAGUUGGCCGUUUCCAAGGCCAUUGAACAGCAUCGCUCUGAGUCCAAAGCCACGGAGCAGGAGUCUAAACAGCCGGAGCCACCUGCUAGCUUGUCCACACCUACAAGAAAGGAUCGGCACUGGGCGCGCCUCCAGGAAGAUCUCAACAGUCCCAAUGCAGCACUACGCAUUCGCGCCAUUAGGGCAUUGAAGAGUCCCACGAAAAGUGUCUACGAUAAUUUUGAUGUAUCGCACACCGAGCAGUGCAUUAUCACAGAGGAGGAGCGCAAUCCCAAGGAACCACCCACUCUAACGGAGCUGCUCAAGGAUGUGAUAGUGUACGUGGAAGUACGCACUGGCCAAGACAAUCGUUCCGAGGGAGUAAAGACUAUUAUUGGCAAGAUGGGAGCUCAAAUUAACGAUCGUCUCACCCGCAACACCACCCAUGUUGUCUUCAAAGAUGGUCUCCUCUCGACGUACAAAAAGGCCAGCGAGUGGAAUAUACCAGUUGUUUCGAUCCUCUGGAUUGAGGCAUGCAAGGUGCAGCGCAAGCUAUGUGACCCCGUGAAGUUCCCCAUCAGCAACAUACACAUGUACGAGUAUCCAGAGCUGUUCGGCAAGAUACCGCGCGUUCGUUGCAUGCAACCGGACUCGGAGCUGAGCAAACGACCACGCAAGCAAAAGGGCACACCCACAUCCUCAAAGGACAAUGAGCCAGGAUCAGCUAAUGCAAAGCCCAAAGACCUGCCAAGCACUCCGACCUCAACACCAACCAAUGACAUCAGUCGCUUCUUCAGAGCCUUGACCAAAGCCAAGCAUAAGGUUGAUGCAACUGAGUCGCCGGCCACGAAUCUACUCAACAGGAUAAGCAGUGGCUGUUACACUCCAUUACCUGCAGCUGGCACUACGCCUCGAAAUUCGAAAGGAAUCAAUGGCAGUGGAGACGCUGCAAUGGGCGAACAAAUUGAGGCCCAAAAGAAAUUGUCCUUUGUGCAGACGCCAGGCGAGAAGCCUGCUUCGCGCCCACGACGCAGCACAGUGGAACCUCCUAAAUCGACUCCGCCCGUUCGCACCAAUCGUCGCCGCAGUUGUGCAGCGGAGAUUAGCAGUCACGAACCGAGAAUGACCAGACGACGAAGCUCCCUACAUAUCAAUUCGAGCACCGCAUCAAGUGAAACGCCUGCUCCGCAAAUCGAACCAAGAAUGACGCGUCGGAGGAGCUCCCUACAUUUGGCUGGAAAACUUCCCGAGGAACCGGCGCCCCAACAAACCAUUGAAACCAUUUCCGAGGAGCUGGCUUCCGAGGAGCAAGGCAGAAACUCAAUUGUUAUGGAGAAGAUUCAGAUUACCAACAAAACGGAUUACUUGGAGCAAUCAUUAGACAUAAGCGUGGUUCAAUCGGGGGCCACCCACAAAGUAGAUCGGAGAGGCACACUAUACACAUUGGAAUGGAUGGAUAUUACUGGUCCUCGACGCCUUACCGUGGCCACAUCCAGCUCUGAGCUAAAUGAUGUGCCAGAAGGAAGGCCUUCCCUAAGCACUGUGACAACGCAGACAUCCAACUUCUUGGGGGACACACCUGUAACCCCUCUGUUCAGCUCUACUCGUUUGCCCAACACCAAGUCCACUGGCAAUCGCAGGCGCACCAUCUUCAACAUGGACAUGGAUGUGAUCAAUGAGAGCAUAGAGCGGAUUAACUCGUCACACCGCCUAUCACUGGCCAUGGCCAAUGAAGCUGAGUUGGGAGAGUGCUACCCCAGGGAACGGGCUGUAGCGCCUUCUCAGCCUCAGCCAGAGGAAUCAACACCGAAGGAGCCCAAGAGACGUCGUCUUUUUAAUCCCAAUGACGAGGUAGUCGUUACGCCACAGUUAUCGAGUAGGAAGAGUCGGCUUAGUAUCACGGGCUCGACAGGAUCAGCGCAGAAACGGCGCCGUUCGUUGGCAACGGCACCAAACACCUGUUCAAAUGUUAAUGUAGCAGCCAGUACUGAUAAAGAAACAUCAAACGAAGAAAAGAAAACCACUGGAGAGUCUACCAAUGAGUCCACUGCCGAAAACUUUGUCGACCCAGAAACGGCAAUGGAUGCGAAUGCUACAACGACGAUAGCCGAAGAUGGAUCUGUGAAGCAGAAGGCCAAACGGUCGCGUGUCCGCCAUCUGGUUCACACUAACAUGCAUCAUGAGCAGAUCCAGGUCAUCUACAAGGCCCUGCGCAAAUUGCGCGGCAUGCGUCUGGAUCCCACUGUAACCCAGCGUACAACCCACCUGGUUAGCCUGGAGCCGCGUCGCACCUUGAACCUGCUGCGUGGCCUGAUGCGUGGCGUCUGGAUCGUCAACUACCAGUGGGUGCUGGCUUCAAUGCGGGCCGGCAAGUGGGUGAAUGAGGAGCCAUACGAACUAACCAGGUUCUCACGAGCCAUCGAGAUUUGCAGGACAGAGCGCCAGGCCUUUGGUGUUCACUAUCAGUGUGAGCUGUUCCGCUUCAUGGAACCCUUCUACGUGUCCUCCCUCUGCCAACCUAUCCAGUUUAACAACAUGAAGGAGCUGUUGCUUCUGGGCGGAGCCAAACUGACGGAGAACCGCUUCAAGGCGAAGUACAUCAUUGGGGACAAGCGGCGCGCUGAGGAUGAACGGAUAUAUUUGUCGCCCUACUGGGUGCUGGACAGCAUCACCAACAUGCAGAUUCAGAGGUUUGGGAAGUAUCUGAUGAAAAGCGCAAUUAUAACACCAGCGGGGAUACGGUAUGAAGACCCCAAGCCAGAAUUACUGUUCUCCCAGCCACGAAGAUAUCAUGAUUUUGUCGAUCCACCCCUGGUGAUGGACAAGUAGAUCUGUAACCAAAAUAGUAUCCAUGUUUUUACUCUGUUUUGGAGUUACAUUUUUAGCGUAAAAAUCGUAAAUUAUCCUUUGAGCUUUUCGUAAUUUAAAUCUUUUCAAUGCACAUGUGUAAAUAUAUUUAUUAAACAGAA